UGAAACAAGAAAAAGAGGGGGCCAUGUAUGAAAUCUCCCUAUCUUCAUUUUUCAAAUACUACUAGAACUUGGUGAAAAUUCCGCUACAAGUUUUGAGAAACUGUCAAGUAUUCAACCAGGGCGCGGGAAUAAGAACCAAACAGCCCUAUGAGCACUUUCUCUACUUUCCAAAAUUACUCAUAAACAAUACUGAAACGCUAUUUUCCCUUGUGCUCCUCUUCAAGAUGGCCCGUAAUAAGGAAGCGGUAGUAUUGGUGAUAGAUGUGGGUCCUUCUAUGCACUCAGUUUUACCUGAGAUUGAAAAAGUUUGCUCCUUGUUGAUACAGAAGAAGCUGAUUUUCAGUAGAUAUGAUGAAGUGGGGUUUGUCUUAUUUGGAACUGCAGAUACCAAGAACGAAUUGACAGAGGAAGUAGGUGGGUACGAACACGUGACAGUUUUGCGGAAUAUCAAAGUUGUAGAUGAAGAUCUUGUUGAUGCUCUACAAAACCUUCCACGAGGAAAUAUUCCCGGAGAUUGUAUCCUCUAUAAUUAUUGAAUUAUGAUAUAGCUUGGACUAGUAAAGUUGUUAAGCA